AUGUCUCAGAGGUCUCUUUUUUCAUAUUUCACAGCCAAGAAUCCAACCACUCCAGCAUCUUCGCCUGUUAUGAAAAAGCAGACAGCUAUACGCUCUCUGAAAAAAAUUUCAUCCAAAGCUAAAGAUUCAAGUUCUGAUUUCGAACUUGAAAAUACUGAAAGCGAAUCAGAGGAUGAAAAGGAAUUCAACAAGGUAGCAAGCGAAGAAAAGAUUAUGAAAUUAAACAAACCUUCUUCUUCAGAAUAUGAAUCCGAAUCAGAACAAAAUUUCAUUGACGACGAUAGUGAUGAAGAACAGAAAACUCCAUCAAAAUCAAGAACACGCGCUAAACCAGCUAAAUCAACAAAAUCAAGAUCAAUCAAAACUACAAAAGCAGCUGUUCCAUUUGACGCUCCACCAGAAGUCAACCAUGCUCAAAUUGCUCGCGAAGCAUCAGCAUCCGUCAGUGAAGAAGAUUUACCAGAUUGGUUAACUACAAAACUCAGAGAUAAGAACAAGAAGCGUCCAGAUAAAGAAGGUUACGAUCCAUCUACAGUUUACAUCCCCGAAACAGUUAAGGAAACCUUUACACCUUUCCAAAAACAAUUUUGGGAUAUCAAAGAAAACAACUUCGAUGCAAUUGUCAUGAUCCGCAAAGGCAAAUUCUACGAAAUGUUCAGUGUUGAUGCUAUUUUUGCACGUGAUGUUCUUAAAUUGCACUUAACUUAUCGAGGAAAGGAACCAAUGUGCGGCGUUCCAGAAAAAGCAUUCUCAGAAUGGGCCAUCAAAAUCAUCAAUGCCGGAAAGAGAGUUUGCAAAGUCGAACAAAUGGAAACUGCAAUUGAUCAGGCAAAUCGCAAAGGAAAAGGUGCCGAAAAGGCAAUCCAAAGAAAGCUUGUUCAAGUCUAUUCACUUGGAACAAUCGAUGACUUCGAAAUGCUCGAAUCCUCUCAACCAAGUUAUUUAUUAUCUAUCAGAUCAUCCAGCCGUCAAACAGCAGGUGUUUGCCUUGUUGAUUGUUCGACAGGUACCUUCCAUUUAGGUGCAGUUAACGAAGAUGACUUGGCAGAUACAUUAAUCAGAUUCGAACCAGUCGAAGUUAUCUAUUCAGCGAACAACAUCUCACCUGAACACUUAGCAAUCAUCAAACACUAUUGUGGUAAUGUCGCUACACGUGCUAAGACCGGUUCAGAGACAUGGGACAGUACUCUUGCGAUGAAUACUAUUUUAAAGAUCGCAAAAUGGGAUAAUGUUCCAGAUUCUCUUGAAAAUGUUCAUCAAGAUGCAAUUGCAGCCUUAGGUGGAUGUGUUGCUUAUCUAAAUGAGCACAAAAUUGCCGAAUCUUUGUUAUCAUUAAAGAGAUUCAAGACUUUGGAUGAAGCAGGAUCAUCUUCAUUCCUUUCUCUUGAUUCAUCUGCACUUACAAACUUACAGAUCAUUGGAAAAGAUCCACAUUGUCUUAUUAAUAUCUUAGACCACUGCACAACACCAUUUGGACGUCGUCGUCUUCGUUUCUGGAUCAUGCAUCCACUCAGAUCCAUCAAUCAAAUCGAAGAACGUCAAAAAGCAGUUGAAGAAUUAAUGAAACCAGAUUUCAACACGCUUUCAAAGGAGCUCAAGACAAUUCCUGAUCUCGAAAGAAUGCUUUCACGUGUUUACUCAAACAAAUGCAGCGUUAAAGUUUUCAUUGAUUGCCUUGGCGCUCUCAAAAAAUGUUGUCAAUUUUUCACAAAAAUUGAAGGAACGGUCAAAUCUCCGCUAUUAGCGAAUGUUGUUCCACCAGGAAAAGGAAAGUCUCUUGCCAAACAGAUAGAUGAUAUUCUUGCAGAGCUUGAAGUCGAGAAAUCAAUUCAAUCUAAUGAAUUCAUUGUCAAAAAAGGCGUUUUCAAAGAUAUCGAUGAUAUUGAUGAAGAAGUUUCAUCAAUUGAAGAUGAUUUGAAUGAUAUAUUAAGAGAUAUCAAGCGCGAAGUUGGCUGCAAGGAUCUUUCCUAUGUAAACAUGCAAUCUGAGAAGUUCCAAGUCCAAAUUCCAGUUAAAUAUUGCUCAGAUCUUCCUGACAAGUAUAUUUUGAUGUCUCAGACGAAAUCAGUUAGAAGAUAUCAUACUCCUGAGAUCAAAGAAAAGCUGAAGCAGUUGGACAUCGUAGAGAACGAGCGCCAGAAGUUGAGAAGCGGAUCACAGAAGAGAUUCAUCGAUGAAUUCGCAAAGAAUUCACCAAUUUGGGAUUCAAUUGUUGAUGCAAUUGCUGAUAUUGAUUGUUUGAUUUCCUUGGCAAUGACAUCAAUCAGAUGGAGAGCAUCUGGUGUUCUUUGCAAACCAAUCUUUGUACAAAAGGAUUCUCCAGAAGCUCAUGGACAAGCCAUUCUCCAAGUCGAGAAAAUGAAUCAUCCUUGCAUCAUUGGAACACCAAUUCCUAAUGACAUCGACAUCCACGAUAGAUUCGUUCUUUUGAUUACUGGUCCAAACGCUUCUGGUAAAUCAACAUACGCUAGAAUGUGUUGUGUAUCAAUCAUACUUGCACAGAUAGGUUGUAUGCUACCAGCUGUUUCUGCAAAGAUGACUUGUUACGACCAGAUUUUCACAAGAAUUGGCGCAAGUGAUAGAAUCUUUAAUGGCCAAUCAACUUUCGCCGUUGAAUCAUCAGAAACAGCCAGAUUGAUGAAGCAUGCAACAAGCGAUUCAUUUGUUGUACUCGAUGAACUCGGAAGAGGUACAUCAACAUUGGAUGGCAUUGCAAUUGCUUCUUCUGUUUUGGAUUUCUUCAUUAACAAAGUCAAGUGCCCAUUGGUAUUCUGUACUCACUACCACGUAUUGGCAGAAGAGUUUGAACAGUUCCCAAUGGUAAGGAAUGCUUCAAUGAAAUACGAAAUCAGCAAUGGAAAUUUGACUCUUGCUUACACAUUGAUUGACAAGAUGUGUCCAAGCUCAUUCGGUUGCAGAGUCGCAAAAAUUUGCGGAUUGCCAGCUGAUUUAACCGAAGAAGCUCAAAAAGUUGCUGAUGAUUUCGAAGAUAGACAUGCUGCAUUAAGAACAUCUGGAAUUGAUGUCAAAGUAGAGACCAUUGAAGAGAGAAGAGAUAUCAUUGAUUUGAAGAAAGCUAUUGACGAUUUGACCGGCGGAGUUGUCAACGAACAAAACUUUUAUAAGUUUAUGGACUUCCUUUCAAAGGAAUUGCCAAAGAUAAAUGUAGAGUGA